GCCACAGUCGUCAGUAUCUAACCGUCUUUCCGCGAGACCGGCGACCCGAGAACCGUCGAACCAGUUGUCGGUUACCAAACGCACACACGCGCACGGUACCUACCCGAGUCGAUCGUCGUAGCAUCGCCUACCCGACUGCCGGACCACAGUGCUCUUUUCCGGCUAAAUUCUUCUCUCCGCGAGACAUCCGCGGGGACGCCGUUUCCACCGGUGACGACCACGUUACGACCGUAUAUACAUACCUACGAUAUUGUUAAACGCCGACAGAUUCGCGGGUACUCGAUUUUUCGAGAGUAUUGACUUACAUGCCUGCCCGUCAACGGUGUCUCCAUACGAUUUUUCCCGGUUCGGCGUAUUUUGACUGCAGGGCGCAUCUCGAAAGGGUGCGAUUAUCCGACACGCAUGUCGUGCAAAGAUGACUAAACCGUGUCCAUCGUCCAACACAUAUUCAAAAGAACUUAUUCAAUAGCUCAUUUAACCAUCCAAAAAUCAAAAUGCACAAGAAAAAUAUUAAAAACCUAGAUUAUUUUGGACUAUUAUGCCUUAUGGUAUGUCUUUGCUUAAGCGAAUCAAAGGCUCAAUGUCCAUGGCAAACGGAUCCAUCAUCCGCAGAACUUCAGUCAUCCUGCAUAUGUUCAACAAACAUGGCACAAGAAUUAUCUGUGCAGUGUGAUCUUGUGAAUUAUGAAGUAUUAAUGCAAACACUCGAUAAAUAUUCUCAGGGAACACUGGAUUUACUGUAUAUAAACAAUAGCUCAGUUAAAACUAUUGAUGAUUCUAGUUUCGCCAAUCUUAAAAUUCACAACUUACAAUUAUCGGGUUGUCAAAUACAAACAAUAUCACCAACAGCGUUUAAAGGACUAGAACUUUAUUUAAGACAUUUAAGUCUACAAGACAAUAAAAUAGACCAAAUACCUAAUUUAGAAGGGCUCAUUAAUUUAACAUUAUUGGACCUUUCAAGAAAUCGAAUUUCGAGAGUUCCAGAUGAUGUAUUUGCUUCAUUAAAAAAUUUACAAACAUUAAAAUUAGCAGAUAACAACCUCACGUUAUCUAAAAAUGCAUUUAGAGGCCUUGAAAAUAGCUUAAAAAAUUUAAAUCUUAAAGGAACAAAUCAGAAAACUUUACCCGAAUGUAUAAGAAGUUUAAAAAAUUUGGCAUUUUUAGAUUUAGCUCAAAACAUUUUAAGUGAGCUUCCAGGAACUUCUGCACACAUUUUUCAAGGUUUAGGAGCCUUAACAGCUCUUAACUUAGAAAGAAACGUAAUUCAGUCGUUGGGAGAAUUUACGUUUGAUGGUGUCAAAAAUACACUAAGUUCACUAAGUUUGCUCAAUAAUUUGCUCACCGAUUAUCCAACUACAGCUAUUAGUAAGCUACCAGAACUGAGAGUAUUAGAUCUUGGCUUUAACCUCAUUAAAGAAAUACCAAAUGACGCGUUCCUAGCAAAUCCUUCUUUGACCUUACUAGCAUUAGAUGGAAAUCCUAUUGAAACUAUUCCUAAAAAAGCAUUCAUGCAUCUUAAUACUACAUUGCGUGGAUUAAGCUUAGGAGGACGAUACUUACAAUGCGAUUGUCGGAUUCGCUGGGUAAUAGAAUGGAUUAAAAACGGCGAUUUACAAGUGACUAGCAGAGAGAGAAAUCCGCAAUUUUGUGCUAGUCCAUCAUUUCUGAAAAAUAAGCAUUUCUAUAAAAUCGAUCCUUCAGAAAUGGUAUGCGAUAACGACCAAAGCCCUUCUGAUGCGUCAGCAGUGUUAGACACUAUUAUAGAGGAAGAUGAAGAGGAUUCCCAACAUCCGAUUGGAACUGGUGUUGGAUAUGCUAGUCCUACAAUUGUUUCACCUGAUGUAUUUCCGACAUCGAAAAAUAAGUUUAAAAAGAAUCCUCCCAUAGCAGAAGUAGAAGUUGUGAAGAACACUAAUACUUCUGAAUUACUUGGAAUUAUGGAAACUACACGAGCUAUUCCUUCGACUACGGAGAGUACGACAGUUGCAGUUGAGACUACAACAAAGUAUUUUGCACCAAACUCUACAAAUACUAAACCAACGAACACAACUCGUAAAUCCAAUUUAGUUAUAACACGGCCACAGACAGUACAGACGUCUCAAAAACCACCACUUAUACUUGGUACUUACCCUAAAAAACAAGUUCAAGAAGUCAUCAUAAGAAGUGUUCAUAGGCAAGAUAAUUCCGUUAUAAUUCAAUGGGAUUCCGAAACGGCAAAUAUCUUAGGAUUCCGGGUUGUAUAUAGACUUUUUGGAGACCGUACAUUCAAGCAAGGGCCACCUCUUGAAACCAGUGAACGAGAGUUUAAAAUUAAAAACGUACCAUACCAGGAAUGUAUUAUCGUGUGCGUCAUAUCUCUGGAAGAAAUAACCAUCACGCCAGAUACGGUCCCAUACAGCCAGUGCCGGGAAAUACGGACAGCGGUUACGAUGACGAGUAACAUGGACCGAAUAACCAUAGCAGCGAGCGCAGCCAUAUGCGGCACGGUCUUGAUCGCGGUCGUUGUGUUCAUUGCGGCUAGUAAACGUCGCGCCAAAAAGCUGCAAACAUUGCACCACUCUGUAGCAUCCUGCCAUCCAAGCAAGACCGGCAUCCCGGUCGGCACCUUGCCGGCGAACUGUUACGGUGGACCAAACGCAGCCCAAAUGUCUUCGUUGGCUGCCCUAAAUGCGUUUAACAGCCACAAGGACUGGGACCAGGGUUCGGUAUAUAGCAAUCGGAGUUUAAAUCCAUCCCGAAUGUAUCGAGUGGCCGACAGCAGACAAGGACUCAACGAAGAUUUGCACUCGAACGUUUCAAACUUCAGCGCGAAACCUCCAAAGAUGCGUUCGGUCGCUGACGGUCAGUCACAAAACAGUUUCUCGAACAACUCUAUGAGGUAUUUGGGUGGCACCAACGCAUACGCGUCCGAUCUGGUGAAUUCCAGACCCGAAUUGAGGCAAUCUCGGCAGUCUUUGGCCGUCUCCGAGAGGAUGUCACACAUCAGUUAUCCGGGCAGUGGCCGCACGAAUACGUCGCGUAAUAAGCCCAGACAACGUUCGAGGACCAGAGAAGGAACGCAAAACAGACCACCCAGUAGGUACAGUCACACCGGUUCUCAUCACACGCUCAACAAUUAUUGCGGCGGAGACACCUCGGACAACUGGACCGACCACGAUAUGGACAUAUACAUGACCAGAAAUCCGACAGCCAGAAACGGUCUUGUGCCACUAUAGAAUGUUAUUAUAAUAUUAUAUUAUUAUUAGCCAUUAGAUGUACUAUACGCGCAUGAUACACACUAUAUACAAAUUAUUACAAUAUACGUAUACAGUAAGCAUCAUAUACAUAUUAUAAUAAGCACUUGGAGCUCAAUUGAAAUUAAUUUAUUUGUAGCAUUUAUCUUAUGCAACUAUGACAACACAGUAUUAUAACUAUAUAAUAUAAUGUGUUUUUAUUAUUAUUAAAUGUCCGUUUGACUAAUUAGACUUAAGACUUUAAAAGUAAUAUGCAGAAUUAAGAUUAGACAUAGAUAGGUACCAUAAUAAUUUUUUUGGCAUAUAAAUCAGAUAAUAUUUUACGUAGAUACAUUACAAUUAACACUGUUUACUCUUCAUAUUAUUUUAAGUACAAAUAAUAUUAUGAAUGCAUUUAUAAUCAUACUAUGAUAAAUAGUUCAACAAUAUUAUAACUUAUUUAUUUUCACAUCGUAUCAUUCAAUUGUAAAUAAAAACAAUUAUUUUUUCGUACCACGUAAGUAGUACCAAAUAAUCUAAUAUAUACAUUAUUCUAAAUACUUACAUUAUACAGAUCCAAUUUAAUUAAAAACACAUAAAAUCUAAAAUAUGUUUAUAUAAAUUCAAAAUAAUGAAUAAGUUAGAAAUAGUUUUAUAGAUUAUUAUAAUUUUUUUUUAUAUAAAUAAUUGAGGUACUACUAUGAUUACAUCGAGUUAUGUCCUACCUCACCAUACACAACUCGUGUACCUAUGACAAUAAUAAUACUUUAAUAUUAAAUAAUAAUUUUUAAUUUUUAAUCAAAUUUAUUAUUAAUUGUUGUUCAAUCUAUUUACGUUUAUAAUUAUUGUAAAAAUAUUAGAAAUUGACAAUAAAUUAAUAAAAUUAUAUUAAUUUAUUGUCAAUUUCUAUGUAGUAAAUACUAUAUUAUUAAAAAAUAUUCAAUAAAUCAUUGUAUAUAAAUUAUUAUGUAAUUAUUCAAUAAAAAUCAAUUAUAUUUAAGUUUAUA